CUGUCGACCGGGUACCAGUCUAAGGAGGCGGUAGCCGGACGCGCUUGUAGACAGGAACGCAGGGAGGCAGCACAUGAUCUUUCCUGGAAGUGACUGUAAAUAAAUGGCGGUCAAUUUAACGAAACCUGAAGAUUUUACUAGCAGUUCGACGUCUAACGCUGGUUCAUCAGAUAGCAUAGCACUUCUACCACCAACAUGUUUUGAGAGCACAGUUCACCAGUCACGAUCACACGAACAACUUAAUGCAAAUUUAGCUGUAGACGUCAAAGCGUCGAAUGACAAUAGUUGGAAAGAGCUAACAGCAGCCAGAAAUGAAAUAUUGCAACUCCAGCUAUCCUUGCAGCAGGAGAGAGAAUCGAAGCAACUGCCACAAGAUGCCAGGCCCGCCGGUGAUGUUUCUCAGACCAAUCAGCCUCAAGGUCUCGAUGAUGUCAUCGUUCGCCAGGCCACGAAAAUCGCCGAACUUAAACAAGAUUUCUCGACGAAUAAAGCUUCUUACAGAUCACAGAUAGAGGAGUUGGAAGGUUGGCUGGCGUCGCAAGUUCAGAAGGUGGCGUCGCUGGAGACCGCGCUUGAGAUCGAGAAGGAGAAAUGGCAGGAAGAGGUGAAGGGCCUGCGAGUGCGUGUGGAGGAGGAACAGCGUGCGUGCGAGGAGAAGUGCCGGGAGGUCGAGGCGAGGCUAGAGGAAUCUCUGCAGACGAGAGCACAGAUGGAGGAGAGACUCAGCAGCCGAGAGAGGGAGUUACAAACUGAGAAGACGACACUCGAGGAUGAACGGAGUGAACUGAAAAGCCAGUUGGAGGAAAAGAUGGCCGAAGUGGUCAAGCUGAAAGCUUACAUUGGCAAAGGACCGGUGGAUGACCUGCCAACUAACGAAGAGUUGCAGGAACAGACAGAGAAGAUUUCAAGGUUGGUCGGUGAUAACGAGCGAUUGACGACUCAGGUGGGCCUGCUAGAGGUGAGGCUGGGAGCGAUCACACAGAUCCUGACCAUACAGGAGAAAGAGAUGGCUGAUGUGGCGCCAGAUGUGGUCUCACCUGCUCCGGGGAACCUGUUGACGAGAUGGAGGGAGAAGGUAUAUCAGCUGCUCGUGCAGCAAACCUCUGCUGAGCUGGUUCACAAGAAAGAUCUACACGACGCUGAGUGCAAGGUGAGGGAGGUGACUAAGUCGCUCACCGCUGCGGACAGCAGAGAUCAGAUCUUGAAGCACACGAUCGAGCGAGACCGCGCGGAGCUGGACAUGGCGCGGUCAGAGCUUGUGUCCGCGCGGCAACAGGUCAGCGAACUGGACAUGCGCCGCCUUAAUGACCGACGCGCCAUCGACACGCUGAAGACGUUCAUGGAGAGGUAA